AUGGCAUCCGCACAACAGAUCUCCAACAGCUUUGUGACCGAGUUCUUCGAGCGCGUAGCGAAGAACCCCGCCAAUCUUGCCGAACUCUACGGACGAAACUCGGUCUUGCACAUUCACGACUUUGAGAUGGGCAUCAAGGAGAUUUGCGGUGCCGAUGUCUCGACCGCGGCCCAAGAAUGGGCUGCGUUAUACCAAGGCAAUCAUAUGCGCGUGGAGUCCGUCAGCGCAGCGCCGAUCUACGGCGGCGUGAACGUCUUCGUCACCUUCACCGCUGUGGGGGAGCUGCAGCAGUACUUCCACGUUCUCACCACCCUGGAAGCCCACACGGGGUUCAACGUGGAGGGCUACUACAUCCGCCACCAGGUGGUCUCCCGCAUUGGUGCGAUCGCGCUCGAGGCCCCGCCCGUCGAGGUGACGCCUGGAGUAGUGGAGCAGGAGCCCGUGGCCCCGGCCGUCGAGGCCCCUGUGGAGACGCGGCCGGAAGAGAUUCCUGCCCAACCCGAGGAGACGACGCCUACAGCUGUAGAGGAGGAGGCCCUCGUUCAAGGGGUUGCCGGAGAGAGUGCGGCGGUGAAGGACGACAAGGCGCCCAUCACAAAGGACACGAAACUGAAGAGCUGGGCGAGUUUGGUGAGCUCAUCGGCUAAGAAAGGCGGCAUCGAGGGCAACAAGCCCAUUCGCGUGGUGGCUGUCAGCGCCACCGGCGACGCGGCCGCCGCGGCCACCGCGAAAGAGCCGGAGGCCCCUGCCGCGAAGCCCUCGAAAGUGCAUGUGAAGCGUGAAAAGAGACCUAUGGAGGCUACAGGCGAUCGCCUGAUGUUCAACAUCGACGUAGCUGUCAGCGACGAGGAGAUCAAGGUGGCGCUCGGGAGCGUAGGGGCAUCUUUGCUUUCUCUCCGCAACAACUCUGAGCGGGGUUAUGUAUUCAUGGAUUUCGCACCAGACGUAAAGGCCCUCGAAGAGCUAAAGAAACUUAGCCCGAUCAUCGGCACGAAUAAGACAAAGAUGAAUGUCUUUCGUCAACGCCCUCGUGAGUAA